UACCAGUUGAAAUCGACUUCCUCGAAAUUGCUUAUUUUAAUUUUGCAGCAGCGGGUUGACCAUUGUGUUUGCGGCAGCUGUAACAAUCAGCAAUGAAGUCGACUCUGUGUGUUGUUGUUUUCUGUUCUGUUCUCGCAGCGUAUUACAUCUACAUUCCGCUGCCGCAUACAAUCUCAGAACCUUGGAAACUCAUGAUGCUGGAUGCGACAUUCCGGGGUGUGCAGCAUUUGGGUAACCUGGCACACAGUCUGGGGCUGAGCCACCACAUCAAGGUACUCAAUUUUGCGGUGACAUUUUUUGGAAUGCUCAGUCCCACGUCCAGUGAAGGGGUCAGAGUGACGGACACCGUGUUUGAUGGGGUGCAGGUCAGGGUGUUUGAAGCUACCAGGGGGAGCAACAGUGAAUUAAAGAGAAGUGUUGUUUACAUACACGGAGGAGGAUGGUCCCUAGGCAGUGCAAGGAUGCAGUCCUAUGAUUAUCUUUGCAGGAAAAUGGCAGAAGAUCUGAAUGCUGUUGUUGUUUCUGUUGAUUACAGAUUGGCCCCAGAGGUGCAUUUCCCAGAGCAGUACAAUGAUGCUUAUCUUGCCACCAAACAAUUUCUACUUCCAGAGGUGCUGGCUAAAUAUUCAGUGGACCCCAAUAGAGUGGCUGUGUCUGGAGACAGUGCAGGAGGGAACCUGGCCGCUGCUGUGUCUCAACAGCUUGCUCUGGACAGCAGUGUCACCAAUAAACCCAAGCUUCAGUCUUUAAUCUACCCGGUGCUCCAAGCCCUGGAUUUCAACACUCCCUCCUACCAGCAGAAUAGAGAUGUACCUAUCCUUUACCGUCCACUCAUGAUCAAAUUCUGGCUAGAAUACCUGAAUGGGGACCCAAGCUUUAUCCACUCAUUGUUGGUCAAUAACCACACCUCCUUGGACCUUAGCCAAGUCGCCACUAGCCGUGAAAAAGUCAACUGGACCUUGCUCUUGCCAUCCACAUUAAAGAAGCAUUACAAGCCGGUAGUCCAGGCCACGGGAACCCCCAAGGUCAUCCAGGAGGUUCCUGCUCUGCUGGAUGUCAGAGCCGCACCCCUGAUUGCUGACGAGGACGUCCUUAAACUGCUGCCCCAGACGUACGUCCUGACUUGUGAACAUGAUGUCUUGAGGGAUGACGGGAUCAUGUAUGCCAGGCGCCUAGAGCAAGCUGGAAUCCGCGUGACCCAUGACCAUUAUGAAGAUGGGUUUCACGGCUGCAUGAUAUUUGGAAUAUGGCCCACUUACUUUUCCGUUGGCAUUCGGACCAUGCACAACUACAUCAAGUGGCUAGACCAAAAUCUGUAGAGCGGCUGACAUGAGUGGCUGGCUGGCUGGGAUUAAAAAAAAAACCUUUUAAUGCAUCCGUUUCUGUGUUAAAAUUGAGUUACAGUACUAAUCCUUGCAACAUCGCAAUGCAAGUAUGAUUUUUGUAGAUCAAAGUCUGGCAUAGAGCUGACUGUUCCAUUGCUUUGACUACCUCCAGUUACAGUUUUCUGCACAGCCAACAUUCCAUUACUGGCAUUGUUUCUGUUUCAAAUUAAACAAGUCGGCAAUUCUGAUCUCGUUAAUCAGAACAUUUCUGCUUCUACAGCUAUGGUCAAAAGUUUCGCAUCAUCUAGAAUUUUAGGAUUGAGACAUUAAUUAAUUAACAAAAAACUAUUAAUAUAAUUUAGAUCUUUUAUUUAACAUCACGUAAUCAAAGAAACUUACCAAAUUAUAUCGCAAAAGUCUACUGGAAGCCAUAAAAGUAGUACAGUAUUUCAUGUUAGAUUUGGAAAUGUCACAUUUUUUUAUUUGUCAGUUUUUUCUUUUAAGUACAGCCCACCUCAGUUAACUUGACAUCCCACAGGGAUGCUGUUUAGUGUUUUUUUUCUUAUCCGAGGUGUCGAGUUAAACACGGGUGCACAUGAGCCAUGGCUUUAACAUGUAUGUAACUAACAGAACUCGCACAUUUGCAGUAUUUGCAAGUUUUUAUUAGUUAAAUGUCCUUCUGAAAACAGUUGAAAGAACUGUAGUGAAUGAAUCAAUUACAGUAUACAGUGCUGUACAAACUCUGUACAACUCGUAUAGUUCGAUUUGAAAUACAAAUUAAUAAAAUAACUACAGUGGUAUUUUUAUGUAAUCAAUCCAACCACAAACUGCACAAACUGUUGACUAUACUUUGUUAUUGGCUUGUACCGUCUAAUUUGAUAUAGCAAAAGUUAACACAUGUACGUUAUACAGAAUUAACUCAGUGAACAAAAACAGUAAUAAACAACACGUGCAAAAACACAUGCUUUUUAAAUUUCUGCUGCCAAGCUUGUUAUCCUGAAUAACCUGAGCUUUAAAAGCCAAUUACAAGAGAACUAAUUUUUCGCUUCACUCAUGGUGAACUGACACUAACCAGCUAUGAAUGAAUGAUCCAUUUCCAGGUCGGAGGUCAGUCACGUGAAACGACAGUGUCAAGUUAUCCACUAGUCUUUUUUUAAUAGUUUUUAUCCCUUUGGUACCGGUAAUAAGUGUUGAGUUACAAGUAAAAGUGUGGUGUCGAAUUAAAACAUUAGGGGGCAGGACAAGUUAACCGAGAUUGACUGUAUAUGGAUAAAUACAGGCUGAUGCAACAUUUUUGGCCUUGGGUGUACACUGAAUCAACUCGUUUUUAGUUAAACUAUUAGAUUCAUUAAUAAUAAUGUCAAAAUAGAUAGCUUUAGUUUUUACCAUGUCUAGCUUUUUAUUAUGGAUAGGUGUUACCGAUCAAUAUUUAAAUCAACAGAUCAUAUUCUUUUUUUUUUCUUUUUUUUGAUCUACUUAGUUCAAUAGAAUAUUUGAUUGAGAAUGCAAAAUGUCAAAUUCUUGUAUCAUGCUUCGUUUUGAACAUUGAAAACUAAAAUUCCUAAAUCAAAACUGGAGAUAGAUAGAUAGAUAUAAAAAAAUAUAUAUGAUUGCCCUACACAAGUCAAACAAGCACCUAGUACAAUGGCAUAUGAAUGGGGCAGUGUGUUUUAGUGGGUUAUAUAUUUAUGUGCUGUAUAUGAAUAUAAAAAAUAAUUGUACAAUCCUGAAUAUUAGAGUACAUAAGCAUUUAUAACAUCUACUGAAAUAUUGUGAGAUCUUAAAUUCUAGUUUAUUUGUUUUGUUCUGUUUAAGGGAUGCAAUGCUGCUGUAUUCAGUAACUUUCUGUUUGUAGCAUAUCAUAAAUCAACAGGCAAGACCACUAUUCUGUUGAGUGUUGAGAACAUGGUCUAUUGCAAAGUAGUAUUGCUUAUUUAUUCAGUCGAUUCCAUUGGAUAACUGGUUCUUCUCUCUCAUACUUUCAAUUUCGGGAGCUGUGUUUGCACUAUGGUGUCUUUAGGAAUAGAUCAAUAAUGAGUAUUUCUGUACACCUUUAAGCACCAGAUCCAACGUAAGCAGUUCACUGUAGUACAGAAAUGAAUGUUUAAUGGCUGUUUCCGAGGAUCUUGGAUGGGUUUCUGAACCAUUGGACACAGCAUUGUAUACUUGAUGUAUUCUGCCGAUUGCUACGGCACUUUGUACACUGUGUUCCGAUAAGUAAUACAUGUGUUCUGUAUGUGCAAUAUAUGGGUAUGCGUGUUUGUAUUUUACUCCAAUCGUCAAACAGAUAUCCAUUUUCAGCUUUAGAUAAACAUUCAGCUGAAAAAUAAAACACAAGGAGGAAUUGUUAAUGGAUCUUUUAUUUCAGUAUGUGAGACUGUGUUAAAUCGGACAGGUAGCAUCCUAGGCAAUCCUGAUUUAGGCAAUCUUUCAGUUCAGUUUUUUCAUAGCUUCAAAUGAACUAUUGGUUUUCUUAGUCAUUUUUCUGUAAUUUGGUCUUGAAAUAGUUUUUUAAAAAAAUGCCCCACCUCAGAUGAAACUUUUAUUUAUGUGCUCCAAAUCUAAUGAUUUUAAUUAUUUUCAGUUUGCAGUUGUGUUGUGACCUAAGUGAAUGUAUGCAUGUAUAGGAGGCUGUGUGGUCCAGUGGUUAAAGAAAAGGGGCUUGUAACCCGGAGGUCUCUGGUUCAAAUCCCACCUCAGCCACUGACUCAUUGUGUGACCCUGAGUAAGUCACUGAACCUCCUUGUUCUCCGUCUUUUGGGUGAGACGUAAUUGUAAGUGACUCUGCAGCUGAUGCAUAGUUCACACACCCUAGUCUCUGUAAGUCGCCUUGGAUAAAGGCGUCUGCUAAAUAAAUAAACAAAUAAUAAUAUUGUAAUGUACAUUUGGGCAACCACUUCUAAUUGGGGUUAAAUACUUUUAAAGUGUUUAACUAAACAGUGUUAACUGUUUAGUGCACUACUGCAUUAGCUUCAUGAAAAAAUGAUCUAAAUGUACAAUGUAUACAAAAUAAGUCAAUACUUCUGAAAUUGAGUGGUUUUUUUUGGGGGGGGGUGAUAUAUAGAUAUGGUCAGGCUGUUUAGGAUGUUCUCUGUUAAAUUGGCUAUCUGCAACACACAGUGAAAUUAUCAGAAUGUAUUCCUCUUUCGAUAAACAUAUUUUACACUGGGGGAAAAAAAGUGUAAAAUGUGUUUCCUGCCUGACCUAUUGGACACCCUGUGUGUACAUAAAUAUUAGAAUACUUAUUUUGUGAAAUAUAUUGUUUGACUGUUGAUUACCUAUUUAGUUCUCUAACAAAUCUCAAGAUUUCCCUUUCUCCAAAUAGUUUUAUGUGAAGUUUCCUGUGUGGUAACCCCCCCCCAGUUAUAUUCAGUUAAUGUUACUGUUCUGUAACAGGUUGUGUGUAAAGUUGUACUUUAUAUGUGUCUUCAAUUAAACCUUCUAACUGUGAA